GCGGCUGGGCUGUAGUGGGAGCGAAGGGGAAGGGUAGUGAAUGACUAGCCUGGGUGGGUGGCUUUUCUUCGCACGGUCUGGCAUCCCCUCUGGCAAAGCCCGGAGAUUGUAUCCAGAGACGGGCUGCCCCUGCGUGGUUGCGUUAGGAAGGGAUCGCUGCGUCGGCUGAGCGCUGCCUCUUGCUCUUGUUGCAUUGCGGGCGGUGCGCGGUGUGCAUCGGUGCCCGAGGGGACCUCUCCCUGUGCACCAUGAAAGCGGUCAGCCCCGUCCGCCACCCCAGCAGGAAGGCACAGGCGGGCUGCUGCGGCGGCGCUGGAGGAGGCGGCGGCGGAGGAGGAGGCGGCGGAGGCGGGCAGUUGGCUCUGCGCUGCCUGGCCGAACACGGCUGCAAGGGGGCCCCGUCGGGCGAGGAGCCGGCGUCGCUGUGCCUGCAGUGCGAUAUGAAUGACUGUUACAGCCGGCUCCGGAAGCUAGUGCCCACCAUCCCGCCCAAUAAGCGGGUCAGCAAAGUGGAGAUCCUGCAGCAUGUCAUCGACUACAUCCUCGACCUGCAGCUGGCUCUGGAGACGCACCCGGCUCUGCUCAGGCAGCAGCAACAGCAGCCAUCCCCGCUGCACCCAGGGAGCUGUCCCGCAGCCACCCCCCGGACCCCGCUUACAGCCCUCAACACCGACCCGGCUGGCGCUGUUAACAAGCAGGGGGACAGUAUUCUGUGCCGCUGAACUGCACUCUCAAGGUGUGCAGCAGGCAGACCCAGAGCCAGAGGAGCAGAGAAAAACACAUUAGAGAGGGAGGGGGAAAAAGAAAUAUCAGCCAUCAGAUGAGAGGAAAAAAUAAUUCAACCCCAGAAUCGUUUCCAUGCUUCCUUCUGAGAGAGAACCUUUCACCGUUUUGCACGUUCAUAGCAUUUUAAACAUGUCUUUUUUUUCUGUGCAUUUUAUAGCAGAUGUGAAUUGUUUGUUUAUUUUGGUGGGAUGAGACUUAAAACUUAAGCAGAAAAGUGUGACUCUUCUGUUGGAUAGAAGAUGGAGAGUAAAUCAAACUUUAGAACUAUAACUGUAAGGGACCGAGCAGCUGAAUUUUGAAGCUUUACUAAUCUACCAGAGCAUUGUAGAUAUAUUUGACAUCUAUUGUUUAAAAUAGAUGAUUUUAUUGGGGCCCAGGGAACUUUCUUCUCCCUGCAGGAAUGUUACAUAUUGUAUAGAUAAAUGAGUGACAUUUCAUACUGUGUAUAUAUAGAGAUGUUCUAUAAGUGUAAGUGAGAAAAGUAUAUGCUUUAAUAGACUACUGUAAUUAUAAAAUAUUUUUAAUUAAAUAUUUUUUGUAAAUAUUAUAAAGGUGUGUAUGUUUUUUUUAAUGUGUGGGAAUAUUUCUUUAGAACAUUAUUUACAGCUCAGGUACAGAGCUGCUAAUAUGAAAAUAUCUUGACAGUUAAGGUUUUUGCCCAGUGUCUUUUUAGACUUGGAAGUUACAGCUAUAGCUAGUGGUCCUGCAUGAUUGCAUGAGAUGUCUAAUUGCAAAUAAACUUGUGUUGAGUCCA